AUGAAAGUCAUCUAUGAUGUACACCUUAUUCUCACGGAUGUGUUUGCACGUGAUACUGUGUGGGCCAAUCACGAGCCAGUAUCCAGAUCGUUUAUUAUUACAGCAGCCAUUAUGAACUGGAGUAAGCAAACCGUAAGCAUACUAUAUGGUAAAGCAGCAGACUCUAGUCUUUACAGAACAUCUUUCCUCACAAAACCGAAGGCAGAGCUUACUUAUUGCCUGCUGUGUGAAAAGAUUAUAUGGCUGCAUAACCUUGACUGUUCUGAUGUGAGAUUUACAUUUUCUAGCAAUUUACAAGUAAAUAUAUCAUCUGAACAUGUGUUGAAGUUAAAGCCACUGUAUUAUAAUGGUGGAAUAUCCAUGGAGGACUUAAUUCAGAAUUCUGUUUUGAACAGAGAAGGAAAAAAGUGGAAACAAAGAUGGGCAGUUCUUCGAAAAGUUUCUAAAUCAAAGCAACAAGAAUUCCGCUGCUACUACUUAUAUUUAUACAAAGAUGCUGUUCAUUCAAGUGAGAAGAAGAAGAAAUCAGUUGUACCAUUAGAUUUCUGUGGCUUAGAAACUUGUACAGAGUUCGAUAAGGCAAAGAAUGUGUUAGUUUUAAUAACAUCAUCUUCAACCAUAUAUCUUUCGUUUGACAAAGUUCAAGUGAGAGAUAAAUGGAAGGAGUUACUUGUUGACUAUUAUGGAACUGCCGUGUCUUAUUCUAUAGUCAUUCCUGACAAACAAAAAAUCAAAUCUGGCGAAGCAACUCUUCGUUUAUAUCCAUCCUUCUUCUCCAUUGUCACUGAAAAGAACUACAGAUGUUUAAAUCGAUGGUACAUCAAUGACAUAUUUCAUUACAGUUACUCACCUACUGAUCCAUCCAUUUUCUCAUUUGAGAUUAAAGGUACUUCGUCGAAACACAAAGGACCUGUGGUGGACUUAUCUAUACCAAAUAACGCAGAAGAAGUUGCUAAAGCCUUCGAUUUUAUCAAAAGCCAAAUGUCAAAUCCUGAGUCAUCUUCGAUGACGCAUAACGAUUUUCAUGGUUCCGCUAUGCUUGACGAAUUAGAUCAAGCUCGUCGCAACGUCGGGGACAAAAGCUUCAUUCGCAGGGUUAUGUUACGUGCAAGUGACCGCAUGCGUAAAAAGAAAAGAAUAAGAGCUCAGAGUGACGCCUACCGAAAGAAAAGUUCUGGUUUCCUCGCUUGUAACUCUGAUCAUGAUUCAUCAAUAUUUUCAAGUAUUGAUCGGAGGCCGUUUAAUCGAGUUGAUGUGUCCACAGAUAACUCAAAUGCGCUAGGCAUGAUAAGAACUACGUCUGCUCAAAUACCAGGUGCUUAUCCUAGGAGUCGUCCAAAACCCCUGGCACCUAUUGAACAAAACAAAACUGACCAAACACAAGGCGAACACGAAACUGAAGAAGCUUCAAAGGUGGAGAGUAAGGAGGAGAAGAUUAUGACUAAACCAAGAAGCAUGACAACAAAUGACAUCCAUAGGUAUGACAACACACUGGAAGUGGAAAAACCUAAAACAUCUAGAUCGGCUGAAAUGAUUGCAGAAAAGAAGAAUAAUAUUAGUCAACCAGUUCUUAAAAAACUAUCUUCCAGCACUGAUAUGCUUGUUAGUAAGCCGGGGGCUGUGGUUUCAAACAUUAACAUGAGUAUACCUGCAAGCGACAAAAGUGAAAUCAGUGAUCGACAUGUAAGAACGUCUGCAGAUAGUUAUACGAGCGCUACAUACAAUCCCGCCAUGCGUGUUUUAACAAAAGGUAAAAAAGGGGGAAAUCCUAAAACUAAAUUCGAUGUGCAAAAAACGCCCACACCGCCCCCACGGUCGCCUGUUAGUCUUUUGCAACCCAGCGUUUUCGAGUAUCCGUCUACUGACGAUCUAACUGGUGAAAAAUUUGAUGACUCAAGCAGUUUGCUGAAUGAAAUUGACCGAGAAUUUGAAAAGCGUAUAACAUUACAUUCAGUGGAGUCGGACGACGCUUUUUUUACAGCAAGUGCCGAGUCGUCACCAUCGGUAUAUAACAAUAAUUUUCAGAGUAAACAAAACGAUGAGCCCAUCUACCGGAACGUUGAAGUUACAAGGAACAAUUCUGAUAGCAAUACGUUGAAUAUCACCAACCCUGGCGUUACUAGACGAACAAACAAUUACCGCCGGGGCUCGACAAAGCAUCUGUCUGAUCCGUUGAUUGAUAAAUGGACAGAGGCUACUGGCGACGAUAGAACAGGUUCUAGUCUGCGUAGUAUACCAUUUACGCCGACGGAUUAUGUUAAUGUUAAGGGACCACAAAAUAUCCACAGUGACGACGACGACUCGUAUGUCAAUGUCACUUCUGAAUUGAGCAAGCGCAAAAAACACAUUCCAACACCGCUUCGCAUCAAAAAUAAAAAUAACGACUUUGCUCAAUACGACGAUCAGGAUAGCAUUUAUCACGCCGUGCCAGGACUUGACGGUGAUUCUGCACAUAGCUCAGCUAAUGGAUCGUAUGAAAAUGUAAACGCUGGCCGGCUCAACACGCGAAUGAGCACUGAAUACUGGAAUAUAUUAUCGCCGUCAACUAGUGGUAGAAUAAAGGACAGUAAGUUGAAUUAUGUUCUUGUGGGUAAACAGGAUACAUUCAUGCAUCCCAUAUCUCCUAAAAGACAUACACCAAAAUCGCCUAUAGAAACCUUUGAUAAAACGAACUACACAACUAUUGAUGCGAAUGCAAUGGUAGCUCUUAAAAAGACCAUGGAUUCACACGCCCAACAAAGAGAAAAAAAUGCUGGCCUGAAAACUCCCAAAUAAGCGUGUUUUUUUUUUUAAAUGCGAUAUUUUUUUUAUCUUAAUUAUUUAAUAGAUAAAUAGUUUCUAGAAGACAACCUCGUUUCUGAGAGUUUGGACACGAGGUUGGUUCGAAUAAAAUCUGUAAAACUUUGAUUAAUUGAUUUACUAACUCGUAACUUCUUGAACCCUGGGAACAUCCCUCUUUUUUAAGAGAUUCCAGCUAAUAUCAAUCAUCAUGGCAGUGAAUUUUGCUCUUGACUGUUGUUAUGCAUCGCCCUAUACGAAAGCUGAGAUAAUUGUUUCACUGGCAUAAAUAACUUUUGUGCAUUUUUGGACUAUUUAUGAAUAAUAAUUUUUUUUAAUUGUAUUCGAAAUAAACUGGAGUUACUUUUUGUGUUUUUAUACGAAUGAUGAUUUGUCACGUGUUUCGGCAAUGUUGUACCUAGGCCAUUUCUCCAGAUGGAACUGUGGAUUAAUAUUAUGUUGCGUCUUCUGAUUUUAUGUAACUUCUAAAACUCUUUUACUUGUUUCUAUUUUUUACUUAUUUUUUCACGUAUUGUAAAGGAGAACUUUUUUAUAUUUUCUUUACCAUAAAGAAUAGUUUUAUCUACGUUUUGGUAAUUUUUUAUAUACUUUAUUGUUUUGGAAAAGUUCUCUCGUUUUACUGUCAUGAUAGCUUUAACUUCACUUUUUAAAAUAAUUUCUUUUUAGUACAUUCUCGCGGUACUUACUUAUAUAUGGUUAUGCAGGGAUACACUACCUGGGGUUAAGCAUUCCAUGACAGUAUUAACGACAACUGUGUUCGGAGUAAUAACGUGUAAAUAUAUACAUUAUUUCAAUUA